AUGAUUUACAGGUUAUUUUUAGGAAUUAUAUUUAAAGAUUGUUCACAUGAUUAUUUAGCACAUGAAAAUUCUAAUGUAUUAGAAAAUAUUAUUCUUAAUGAAAACUUUCAAGAAACUGAAAAUAUGGAAAACUUUCAAGAAACUGAAAAAAUGAACGAAGUGGUUUAUGAUAAUGAUUUAAAUAUAUAUCAAGAUUUUGAUUUUGAAAGUUUCGAAAAUUUUUUACAAGAAUGUGAUAACAAUGUUUUUAAUCAAGAACAAAACUCUGCAAAUAUUAAUAAUGAAUCAUUUAUGGAUAAUUCUAAUACCAAUAAAAGUAUGAUUAAAACAACAGAAAACUCUGAGAGAAAAACAAUAAAGAGAAAAAUUGAAGCUGAUGGUUAUUUUUCUGAAAAAUUUUUAAAACUUUCACCAGAUAUUGAUGAAUCUUCUGAAAGUCAAAAUACAAUAAAAGAAAAAAAUUGUAAAGAUAGUUUUAAUAAUGAAAUUUUUAAGUUUACAAAAUUGAAUCAAAAAAAAUAUGAUGUUAUUUUAACUUAUUGUAAGAACAUAGAUACUAUAAAACUAAAUUUAAAUAAUCUUGUUUUUGAAAUAUUAGGUAAAAAAUUAUCAACUGAUAAUGAUAAGUAUUGUCAUGAUCUUUUUAAAUCAUUAGUUAACAAUCAAACUGAAUUUAAAGAAAAUACAAUUUAUUAUAAAGAUUUUUUACUUGAAAAUAAAGAUCUAAAAAUCUUUUCUUAUUAUGAACAUUUACUUUUAAAAGUUGUGAUAUACAUAUCAUUAUACGAGAAAGAUCAUGAAAAAAUGAAAAAAAUAGAUGUUUUAAAUAGUUUUAUUGAAAUGUUAAACAGGGCAAUGGACUUUAUUAGAUUUUAUCAUAAACUUAAAUAUUUGAUCAAUCAAAAAGAGAAAGAAAGAAAGCUUGAUUUAAUUGAUGAUUUAAUUAAAACAUUUAAAAGUAAUUAUAAAUUAGAGAAAGAGUUAGAUAAAUCUAAAUCUUUAAUAUUUGAAAGGUUAUUUUAUAAAAAAACAACAGAUAAAGAAUUUGAAUGGGCAAAAAACUUUUUAAUAAAAGAUCUAAAAUUUUCAAUUAGAAAAGUUGAUAAAACCAAGAAUUAUUUAAAAAAUGAUAAGUAUGAUUUAUUUAAUAUAAAUUUAAAAAAAAUGGCACUGAUAAAUUUUUAUUAUAUCUCCCUAGAUUUCACUAAUUUUAAAGUAUCAUUUAAGUAUUUUUAUAGAUUUGUGUUAAAAAAGAAAAAUAAAAUGAUGAAAAACUUAUUAGGUGCACUAAAGAAAUUAUUUGAAGAAUAA